ACUUGUGCAUACAUAACUAAUACAAAUCAUUAACAACUACUCCACUCCACAUUGCUUAUUGUUAAACAGGAUACGCUUACUAUUAUAAUCUCCUACACCAACUAUAAUUAUUUAUUUACAAGAAGAGAAAGAAUCAAAUCAACACUAGCUGCUAAACCUUGCACUCUGCUGUCAACAGACACUACUAAAGCAGACCAAAGCAGCUCCUCUGUCUUUCUUCUUCCUCACCUCCUUUUCUCUCUCUCUCUCUGCAACUCUCUCAGCCGCCUAAUAUUGUCAACAAUUCCUGCAAACUCAUUUUUUCUGUUGUAAGCAAAGAGAUCUAGUAAUGGAAUCCCCCAGCAGAGAUAGAAGAAGCACAAGUUCCCCACAUUCAUCACUAUCAUCACCACCAUGCUUCUCAUUAUCAUUAUUUUUGUCAGUAAUCCUUCUUCUUUCAGGUAAUAUGCCAGUUAGAGUGGUGUCAUUAGGAAUAAACUACGGCCAAAUCGCCAACAAUCUUCCCUCCCCAGAAAAAGUAGUACCACUAGUGAAAGCAAUCGGAGCAACCAAAGUAAAGCUCUACGACGCCGACCCGAAAGUACUCAAAGCAUUUGCCAACACCGGAAUCGAAUUCACCGUCACCGUCGGCAACGGCGACUUACCACAAAUGGCAAAAGAUCCAAAACAAGCCAUUGAUUGGGUUAAGAAGAAUGUUCAGAGCUAUCUUCCUGAUACAAACAUCACCUGCAUCCUCAUCGGAAACGAAGUGCUUGCUCUAAACGACACCGCUUUAACCACCAGCUUGUUACCGGCAAUGCAGAACAUGCAUUCCGCGCUGCAAACCCUAGGUUUGGAUCGCAAUGUGUGGGUAACUACUGCACACAAUCUCGCAAUCCUCGACACAUCGUAUCCGCCGUCGGCGGGCAGUUUCCGGCAAGACGUCGCCGGUUGUAUAACUCAGAUACUGACAUUUCACGCCAAAACUGGAUCCCCGUUUUUGAUAAACGCAUACCCGUAUUUCGCCUAUAAAGGAAACCCAGAAGAAGUGAAUCUGGAUUAUGUUCUCUUUCAGGCGAAAACACCGCAAGUUUUAGUCGACCCGGAUUCUAGCCUGCAUUAUGAUAACAUGUUGUACGCUCAGGUGGACGCCGUAUACGCCGCCAUGGGCCCCACUUUCAACAAGAAGAUCUUAGUACAGGUGUCGGAAACUGGUUGGCCGUCUAAAGGAGAUGAAGACGAGGUCGGCGCCACCCCGGAAAACGCUAAGAAGUAUAACGGAAACCUAAUUAAGCUUUUGGCGACGCAGAAAAAGGGUACGCCAAUGAAGCCAAACUGUGAUCUGAAUGUGUUCGUUUUCGCCUUGUUUAACGAGAAUUUGAAGCCUGGGCCAACUUCUGAGAGGAAUUAUGGGUUGUUUAAACCAGAUGGUACACCGGCUUAUUCGUUAGGGUUUCCUACUAUUCAAGCUGUUGGUAAUGCGUCUGGUGGUGGUACUGAUGCUUAUGUACCUCCUUCUACUGCUGAAACCGCCGCUGGUGGUGGUGGAAGUGGUGGUGGUCCCUCCUCUUCUGGGUAUCUCUCCAUUUCUUCCUCAACGGAAAGAUAUCCCUCAAUUGGUUUCUCAAUCACUUCAUUGAUUCUGAUUGUUAUGAUGAUGGUGCUUUAAAUUAGAUUAGAUUACAGAAACAUUGUACGCCAUUUUUAUUGUAGAUUCGGAAGAGAGACUUAAGAGUUAGGCAAGGGAAAAGGAGGAAUGUAUUUUCUUUGAUUCUACUCCUGUUAAUAUCAUUAUUUUUCAUGAGUCAUUCUUGUUCUUUUUGACAAUGCAAAGUAACAUUGAUUA